AUGGGGAAAGCAGAUUCAAAUAAAGAGCCAAAAACUCCACACGGCCUCUACAACCAGGGAGCGACCUGUUACCUCAACAGCAUCCUACAGCUGCUGUUUAUGACUCCAAACUUUUAUGAAAGGUUGAGCUCAAACAGGAAGAGAGACCUGGAAUUAAAGGCACUCUUUGAUUCUCUGAAGCAGGGACCGUGUCGGACAGACAAUCUCACAAAGCACUUUCACAUCAAUGACGUGUCCACACAGCACGAUGCGUCCCAAUACUUGGAGCUCAUUUUAAAGCGGAUCAGUCCUUCUGCGUCUGAGAUGUUCCGUGGAGAGUUGUUCCACUCCAUAAAGUGUGUCAAAGGCCACUGCAUCAACGAAGACACAGACCCGUUCAUAGUACUCCCGUUACCGAUCAUAGACCCCGUGAAUGGACUUUACAGCGUGGAGACUGGACUCGAAAGAAUAUUCGAGACUAGAAUGUAUAUGGGGGAAAACCGAGCGUACUGUGAGGACUGCGGUCGAAACACCGAAGCGGAACACAAAUGUGAGAUGAAGGUCCAUCCUCAGGUUCUCAUUAUCCUCCUGAAGAGAUUUGUACUUCACCACAGCAGCAAAGGACACAUCAAGUCUAACUGUGCGGUCAGCAUCCCGGCCACACUGGACAUGAAGGGAAUGCAAUAUGACCUUUACGGCAUAGUGCACCACUGGGGUCAUCUGAAGAGUGGACACUACACAGCGACCGUCCUGUCCAGAAACGAUAAGACUUGGUACCAGUUCAACGAUGACCGUGUCCAAAAGGCUGACGAGCAACUUUCGGGUCACACCAGUUCCCAGACUGCGUAUCUGCUUGCAUAUACAGGAGAGCAAAAACAAGUGGUCAAAACAGCACUUUCAGAACCAAAGCGCCCCCUACCGGCGACUCCUCCAUGUCGCAUAAAGACGGCACUGCUCGUGGGUUGUUCCGUCUUUGUCGCAGUCCUGUUCAUAGCAUUAGUUCUAGGUUUAAGUCUGGGAUUAACGAAGUAA